UAUGAUGUCGGAAGUGACGUUUUGUCUAAGAGCAACAGCAAAAAACAUGGCGGCUGUUCUGUUUCGGAAAAGCAGACGGUUAGCGUCAAAAUUGAGUUUUGACAAUGUGUCUAAGGUGAUGGGUGUUUCUGGUGUCAACCAUCAAGACAGACGACACUUGUCUCUACAUGAAUACUUAAGUUUUGGACUCCUCAAAGAAGCCAAAGUACCAAUUCCGAAAUUCAAAGUCUGUGACCACACGGAGGAAGUGGAGAAGGCUGCCAGAGAUUUGUUGGAACAGACUGGUUCUCCUGAUGUGGUCGUUAAGGCACAAGUGCUCAGUGGAGGUCGAGGAAAAGGUCAUUUCACAAGCGGACUCAAAGGAGGAGUUAAGAUAUGCUUUUCAGCUGAUGAGGCAUCUGAUAUGGCCUCCCAGAUGAUUGGCUCCAGACUAAUUACUAAACAGGCUCCCUUGGGUAGGAUCUGUAACGAAGUUAUGCUCUCUGAGAGAUUGUAUUCCAGAAGGGAGUUCUAUUUCGCUAUUGCCAUGGAGAGGUCAUUUCAGGGUCCCGUCAUGGUAGGGAGCUCACAAGGAGGGAUGAGUAUUGAAGACGUAGCACAGGAAAAUCCCUCAGCCAUCCUGAAGGAACCGGUGGACAUUUUUGCAGGACUGACAAGACAGCAGGCUGUUAGCAUGGCCGGAGUCAUGGGCUUCAGUCCAGCAUGCAUAGAUCAGGCAGCAGAUAUAUUUAUGAAACUCUACCAUGAUAUUUUCAUCAAGCAUGAUGCAACCCUGAUAGAAAUCAAUCCAAUGUCAGAAUCUAAUGAUGGCACAGUGUACUGUAUGGACUGUAAAAUCAACAUAGACGACAAUUCGUCCUAUAGGCAAAAACAGAUUUUCCAGCUUCGUGAUUGGUCACAGGAGGAUCCAAGGGAGGAGAAAGCUGCCCUUGCGGAGCUGAAUUACAUCGGUCUGGAUGGAAACAUCGGCUGUCUGGUAAAUGGUGCAGGUCUGGCUAUGGCUACGAUGGAUAUUAUUAAGUUACAUGGUGGAAGCCCUGCAAACUUUUUGGAUGUGGGGGGUGGAGCCACUGCCAAACAAGUGAUGGAGGCCUUCAGACUCAUUACUUCAGACCCUAAUGUACAAGCGAUAUUAGUGAAUAUAUUUGGUGGCAUAAUGCGUUGUGAUGUGAUAGCCCAGGGCAUCAUUGCUGCUGCUGAAGAGCUUCAUCUGAAAAUACCCAUCAUGGUGCGACUACAAGGAACAAAGGUAGAGGAUGCCAAGGCAUUGAUGGCUGCCAGCAGUUUGAAGAUCAUGGCUGAUGAUAACUUGGAUGCUGCUGCUGCCACUGUUGUUCGUCUCUCCAGAAUUGUUGCCCUUGCCCAAGAAGCUAACAUUGGUGUGAACUUUGAACUGCCUCUGUAGAAUUACCUCAGGCUUUUUAUGUUUAUUUUUUUUUAAUGCGGAAGAAAGACUCUGUGACUAUUAUGACACAUCUGUAGGUGAACAAUUUGAAUUUGGCUUGAAAAGCAACUUUUACACUGGCAUAAUUUGUGAUGAUUUCCAUAUAUGCAGAAUCUCCACUUCCUCAAAGAAUUUCUUUAUAAAAAGGGUUUAAUAAGCAAGAUCUUGCAAUACAAAUGUCCAAUGGCAAUUUAUUUGCUUUUUCAUUAAAUGGGAAAGAUAAAUUUCCCAGCCCAGUGAUUUAUAUAACUAACAGUCAGGCACUACAAGUACAUUUUAAUGGGAAAAUAGUGUUCGUCAUUGCAGACAGAUGAAGAUGUCAUAUUGAAAUUGAAUACCCCACACGCUCAUUUCAGGCAGUUGACAUCACAUGUUCAUGUGAUUUUGAAGGAAUUUCAAUGGAACAAUAUUUUUGUUUAUGGAUAUUUAUUUACUAAAUACAGUCAUUUGUCUUGAAAUGUUAUGCAUAUCUGAUGUGAUAGGUUUAUAAAUAAUAAUAAAAACUAUUUAAAAAGCGAAAAAA